AUGGGGUUUUUCUCGCGGCUGUUUGGGAGGUUCUUCGAGGGCACGAAGGUGAAGAUACUCAUGGUCGGCUUGGACAACAGCGGAAAGACGACGAUUCUGAACAUGAUGAAACCAAAGAAGGUGGGUGUGUUUUAAUUUUAGUGUAUGAAUUGCAAUCGUUUCUGUCUUCAUCCAUAAACAGCAGUUCUUUCAUUGAUUCUCGGAGACAGCAGCUCUUUCAUCUGUUCCUGUUCCUCGGCUUCGUGCAUAGUUGUAGUUGAGUGACCUUCCAUGAUCUUCCCAAAUAAGUACCCGCACGACCUAGGUUUCCCUGAGCACCGCGCCAACCGUGGGAUACAGCGAGGAAGUUUUUACGAAGGGCGGCGUACAAAUCGCGGCAGUGGACAUGUCGGGGCAGGGGAAGUAUCGAAACCUCUGGGAAAGUCAGGUGGACGAGUGCGAGGUAGUUCGAUUUUGAUAGUAUGUGUUGCAUAGCAUCGAUGUAGUAGAUGUUGGCGUAUCUACACAUUGCAAGUAAGGACGCAUAAAAACAUGACUCCGUGUAGUACACGUGGGGUAAAAAUGUGGAAAAUAAAGACUGGCGCUAAAUGUAGAUCUACUCUAAUCUAAAGUGAAAAAAUACAACUUCUUCAGGGCAUCGUGUUUGUGAUCGAUGCGACAGACAAGUUGCGGUUUGCCGUAGCGAAGGACGUAUGAACUGCAAAAGUAUCGUACUAGUAUAAAUUGCAAUACAAAUUCUCUCAGCAUUACAAACCAAAUUUGUAAUGCGGAUUUGCCUUAAGAAAAAGAUUUGUAAUGCAUAAAAGCAAUUAAGUACGAGUGCGAUAUUACUUUUGCACAGCAUAGGACGAACUUGACACGCUGCUAGACAACCACCGACUUCGAGAGUAUCAACUGCAAAAGUGUCUGGGUCUGGAAGAUUGCAACUUGUCAUGCUGUUUUUGGACUCUAAAAAAUUUUGUAUUGCAUGACCAGAAAAAGGGGCGCCGUUUGUGCUACACGGGCAGGGCAUUUCUCAUGCGGAAGGUGCAUCAGGAAGCCCUCUAAAAGUCUGCGAUGCUAGGUCCUGCAUUACAGGCAUCAUGGGUCAUGACAAAUAUGCAUGACAAAAAAUCUUGCAUUCUUCCAGACUCAGACAUAUUUGCAUUUGAUAGAGAGCGACCGGUGCCAAUACUGGUCUUUGCAAACAAGAUGGACGUCCCAGGAGCCGCGCAGCCACUGGAGUGCAUGAAGGCGCUCACACUGGAGACCAUACGGGACCGACCCUGGAACAUCUUGUAAGUUUGAUUUGUUGCUAGUUGUUGUCGUUCUCGAACUGGAUUCGUCCCUUCUCACCCGAUCAUCACGUGAUCCUGUGUAUCUAGAUGUCAGACACCAAAGAUGCGAGUGGUUUCGUCUCGCAGCUGUAAAUUUUCGAAAUACAACCACUGCUGAUAGUACAUACGAUACCCGACAACCUCAACCGCAUAUCAGCCCCUCGGACGCGCUGCAUAAUGUCGGUAUCGAGCCUGGGCUCAAGUGGCUUGUGGACGCGGUGAAAAGGUAUAAGGCGGAGCUCAAGCCGACCAACUAGUUCGACGUACUAGAUAAUUUUCGGCUGGUGUCGUCGCCAUGGGGCAGAGCACCGCCUGAGGAGCUGCAGCACCCGGAGGCGCUUACCGUCCGCGGGCGACUGAUAUCGUGCUCGGAAGAAUUUUUUACAAAUUUAUCAAAGUAAUGCCGAAAAAUAAAAAACAAAAACUAGCAUUGUAGCAGGCCCC